AUGUCAGCAGGUAAAUUCAUCAAAGAUUUCCAAGCUUGGAGAAUUGAACAAAUCAAAGCAACACCAGGAACCAAUGUACCUUUGGAUAAGUUGACUCCACAGAGUUUUAUGAAACUCAGUACCUUUACAAACAAAGUCGAUGUCGUAAAGGAUGAGUCUGACAAGUAUUUUAUGUCGGUUCUUCAUAACUAUCAGAGUGCAUUGGGUUUGAAAGCAAUGGGAAUCGAAAGUAAAGUGGUUCCACUACCGGAAGUGAUGGAUGUAGUCGAAGGAAACGACCCAAAUUUCGCCAAAACAUUCUUCACCCAAUACUCCAAGUUGUUCUUGCUCCAGUUGAUCUACAAUCAGAAGAAAGACUCUACCUUCCCCACCAAGAUUGUUGGCGAUGUAGUUGAAGAAGAAAUGAAGGUACUCGGAAGUGACACCUACCUAUCACAGGUCACCAUGAGGCUCUACUUUCUUGCACUCAAGAAGCUGGUUCCAGCAUUCCUUCCUUACAUUUUGAAUGCCAACACAUUCAUUCCAAAACUAAAGGAAUAUCUUCAAAAACCAGAAUCCAUUGUCAGUUAUGUUAGUGAAACUUUCCAAGAUCAGGCUACUGAUGUUGACAAAGAUGGUAUUGGCAAUACCCAACCUUUCAACGAUUUGAAAUCAAAGUUGGAUAUGUUGGAUCCAACAUUCGGACUUUCAUCAGAGAUUCUCGGCACCUAUUACAACACAAUGUUAGCUCAAUAUGCAUCGCAAACUCUCAAAGAUACACCACUCACCAAUCAAAUCUUUCAAAAUACAAUCCAAUAUUUUAUUGAGCAAAUCGAGAAGGAUACCGCCCAUGAAUUCUAUCAGACUGUCCAAAAUAUUAAGGCUCUCUACGGAGGCAAUCUAGUCACACUUUAUCAGAAACUUGCACAGGCAUAUGUGUUUGUCUCUUGUACACCAUCUAGAAAUGCAUUGGAAAUCUCUAAUGAUCAUAUGUUUACUUUGGAUUCAACUGCCUAUAUUUCUAAAGUAAGCGCAUCCCUACCUCCUGGACCGGAAAGAGAUGAAAAAAUAGCAAAGCUCAAGAAUGAUAAAGCUUUCUAUAAACUAUCAAAUGGAUUGAUGCUUGGUUGUCAACUCUUUUCAAUUGGAUAUGGUAUUGCCAACUACGAAAAGCUCGGUACAUUCCAAAAGGCUCUUCUGUGGACAGGUGGUGGACUUACAAUUAUUGAUCUUAGUAAUGUGGUUGUGGAAUCUACCAAAAACACCAAUAUUUUCAUUUACAUGGGUCAAAAAUUACGAGCAUAUUGCGUAUGGAACAAAACAUCAUCAAAGUUUGCCAAGGCUCUUGUUAAUAUGAAAGAGUACGUUGGUAAAGGUAUCAAAUUCAUUUCCAAAUAUGUUGCACCAGUCCUCAUUCUCGUGUCGGUUGGAUUAUCACUUUAUGAUUGUUUCGAAUCUGCCAAAGCUGGUGACUGGGUUACCUUUGGAUUGUCAGUGUUGGAGGCUGGAGUUGGUUCUGCACUCUUUAUCGUAUCAGUAUUUGUCACCACCGCCUGGGCUGGGCCAGCAUGCAUACUUUUAUCCGCUAUUCUUCUUUCCCUUUCGGUUGCAAAGAUGUUGGUACCAAUCAUCAAGGAAUUCAUUGAAGAUAUCACAGAAGGAACACCACAAUAUCAAUUCAUUGAAUCCGUUGAGCCAAUUUACAGAUACGAUGAAAACUAUUACUUUGCAUUGUUUUGGAAAGCGGGCUACAAUGCAAGCCCACCAGAGAUAAAGAAAUUAUUAGACCAGUCAAGAAAAAAAAUGAAAGAAGAAGAUAAACAAUCACUUCUCUAUUAUGAAGCAUAUCAACAGUGGGCAAGCAAAGCUGUUCCAAAAUAA